GGGUGAGUAACAAACAGUGUUGGUUUCACUGUGUAGGGCGUCUCGUUUAAGGUACACUGAGCUCACUUAAGAGUUUCACAUCUCUAAAUACUACCGGUCAGACACAGAAAGACGGAAACAUGGAGGUUCGGACCGGCUUGAUUGUUUUGUUCUGCUUAAUGGGGCUCACCUGGGCGCAGCCGGUGAAGUACAUUGACUGCGGCUCCACCUCAGGCAAAGUCAUCACUGUGGACAUCAACCCAUGUCCUUCUGAGCCAUGCCAGCUUCACAAAGGAGACUCCUACAGUGUCAACGUCACAUUCAACAGCAAUGUGAAUAGUGAAAAGAGCACAGCUGUGGUUCACGGCAUUGUCGGAGGUGUCCCGCUCCCUUUCCCCAUCCCUGUGGCAGAUGGAUGCAAGUCUGGAAUCCAGUGUCCAAUCGUGAAGGGUCAGACCUACAACUAUCAGGCUUCAUUACCAGUAAAGUCUGAAUAUCCUUCGAUAAAAUGUGUCGUGGAGUGGGAACUGAGAGACGAGACCAAUGAAGACCUGUUCUGCAUCAAAUUCCCAGUUCAGAUUGUGAACUGAGCCAACGUAACAAAAGAACCUCAGACGAGUUUCUCCUAAAAAGGGAUUUAAUUUACAGUAAAAAAAAAA